AGAGGCACGUGCUGGACGCGAUGUAAACAUUGUAGUUAACCCGGUUGUUCGAGGCUGAACAUUUCACUUUCCCUCUUCCCAUGGUCGAAAAUCUUCAGGCUAAAGAAGAACCAUGAUCGAGAAAAUUACUUCUCAGUCAACUGGCAAAGAUGAUAACUCAAAAAGCCUUUGGAUAUUUGGCUACGGGUCCCUGAUUUGGAAGCCCGAUUUUCCGUUCGAACAUUGCGUAGUUGGCCAUAUCGACGGGUUUGCUCGGCGAUUUUGGCAGGGUAGCACUUGGCAUCGCGGCAAUGCCCAAGAGCCUGGGCGAGUUGUCACCCUGGUUGAGGAAACACAGGGGCGCGUUUGGGGUAUUGCAUUUAAAGUGGCUAAAGAAAACGCCGAUCGUGCCAUGGGAAAACUGAACGAACGGGAAAUCGCUCUAGGCGGCUACGAACUUCGUCGUUUGCGCUUCAACUGUAACGAGAAACCCUCGCACAGCUUCAAUGUGCUGGUAUACGCCGCUACUCCGAAAAACUCGCUCUUCCAAGGGCCAGCUACGUUGGAAGACAUUGCGGUUCAAAUUGCCUCUGCCCGCGGACAUGCUGGGUGCAAUGUGGAGUAUCUUAUUCGACUGGCAGAUUUCAUGAGGGAAAAAGUUCCCGAUUUCGACGAGGAACAUUUGUUUGAAUUGGAGAAGUUGGUCAGAAAAGAGCUUGGACUGUCGACAGAGGUGUGUACGCCUUGGACACAAUUGAAACACACGUUGAUUAAGUGAGACUGAAAACCGCAGCUAAAUCGCAGCUAAACCGCGGAGGGUGUCGCUGCUGUCGUUGAACUGUGUAAAUAGUUAAAUC